UCACAGCCGCGCAAUUCGCGGGAGCGAUUUAACAUGGCGGCGGACGCGGCUGUUACGCCUUCGGGCCCACGGGGUUGUGCGGACGGGGAGGCCGCGGGCCCUCUGGAAGAGCAGUUGGUGGACACUGCGGGAGAUGACCAGAUGCAGUACGAGUGGCAAGAGCUGCUCGACUGCCAGGUGCAGGUGGACAUCCCGGAGGAAGAAAAGGAAGUGGGCCUGCUGGCUGAGGUGGAGGCCGUGGCUGCCGGCUGGAUGCUCGACUUCCUCUGCCUGUCUCUCUGCCGCGCCUUCCGCGACGGCCGCUCGGAGGAUUUUCACAGGACGCGCGACAGCGCCGAAGCCAUUAUUCAUGGUAUGUCCAGUCUAACAGCUUAUCAGUUGAAGACUAUAUACAUAUGUCAGUUUUUGACAAGAAUUGCAGCAGGAAAAACUCUUGAUGCACAGUUUGAAAGUGAUGAGCGAAUUACACCUUUGGAAUCAGCUCUGAUGAUCUGGUCUUCUAUUGAAAAAGAACAUGACAAACUUCAUGAAGAAAUACAAAAUUUAAUUAAAAUUCAGGCUAUAGCUGUUUGUAUGGAAAAUGGCAAUUUUAAGGAAGCAAAGGAAGUCUUUGAAAGAAUAUUUGAUGACCCAAAUUCUCACACGUCUUUAAAAGGAAAGCUUCUUACAAUAAUCUCACAGAAAAAUACAUUUCAUUCCAUUUUUCAACACUUCAGCUACAACCACAUGAUGGAGAAAAUUAAGAGUUAUGUGAAUUGUGUGCUAAAUGAAAAAUCAUCAACCUUUCUAAUGAAGGCAGCAGUAAAGGUAGUGGAAAGUAGAAGAACAAGAGCAUCUCCUUCUCAAGAUCAAACUAAUGGUAAUAGUAUUGAAAUGGAAACUGAAUCUAGUGUGGAUAUGCAAAAAAGUGUUAGUGGCAAACAGACUGCAGUAACUGAAUCCUCAGGGGUUACUUUAUUGAGUGAAACAUAUGGAAACCCGUCUCCGCGACCAUGUGGUUUAUGGAAGAUAGAAGAGUCUCACAGGAAACUCUUGUCUAGUUUGAAGAAUGGAGCCCAAUUAGAAGAGCUUAAUAAGAAAAAGGAAACAGUGAUAACUUGUCAGAGUGAAAGAAGGAGUAAACGAGCAACAAAAACCAUUGAAGGCAAAAGAAUGUGUACUUUAAACUCUCACCCAGUGGCUCCUGAGAAAAAUCGUCCUAGAAAAAAACAGGUCUGGCUUUGGGAGGAAGACAAGAAUCUGCGAUCUGGUGUCAGGAAAUAUGGAGAGGGAAACUGGUCUAAAAUACUGUCACAUUAUAAAUUCAACAACCGAACAAGUGUCAUGUUAAAAGACAGAUGGAGAACUAUGAAGAAACUCAAGCUGAUUUGCUCAGACAGUGAAGACUGAAGAUGUUUAUGAAAGCUUGAUAAGAGGACAGUUAAUAUUUUGAUCACUGUAACUUGCAAGGUGAUGUAUCUGAAAUUUUUUCAGAGUAUUACAAUAUUUUUCCAUAACAGUUAACAAGAGGAUGUGUAAUGUAAGGCUAUCUGCCACCAUUGUAUUUCUUGUGAAUCUUUUUACUUUGGUAAAAUGUAAAUAUGUCCUGCUGUGGUGUUCUUAAAGCCCAUCUAUAUCCCCAAAUCCUAAUGAAAACCUGGUAAGAGAGAAAAAAAGAAAGUAUUUCUGUUGACCUAGUCUAUAGGCUGACUUCAAUAUGCACAGAAAGUGAAGUCUGUGAAAAUCAGUGGUUUUUGACAUGAACUGUUAUGACUUGAUUUGUGAUCUUAAAUAUUACCAAGGUAGUUAUUUAUAGCAUGGUAAUGCCUAUGCAUUAAGAUAUAUGAGUUAAUUUUUCUUUAAUAGCUUCUUCUAAAGGAAACAUCUUUAAAAAUAAUACAACAUAGGACAAAAUUUGCCCUGCUAGUAAGAAUCGUUUCUUGUCUCUGGUAGGCACAUUUGACUUUUCUUAAACUCUUUGACAGAUGUUUUAAAUAAAAUGUCAUAUAAUCUCGUGCCAUAAAUAUCAGCUUCUGAUAUUUUCCUUUACAUAUCAACAUUAAGCCUAAGUAGUAUUCUGUAAAUGCUUAUGUUGGUGCUGGCCAUAUCACUUUGAUAUCUGUGAUAUAAUAAUUAUUAGGUCAAGAGAUCCUUUACUAGAUAAUUUUGACUUCCCACCAGUAUUUAUGCUUUAAGGAUUUAGUCAACAUCUAAUGGAAUUUCAGCAUUUCAAGUUACAUGUACUUUAUUUAAGGAAUAAAAAUUUUGUCACACUGAAUACUUGGACAUGAAAUGAAAUGGUAAUAUUUAUCAGUCUGUAUUUAAUUUCCCAUUAAAGCUUUAUACAUUGCUUUCUCA